AAAUUAGUAGGAAGAGAGAUUUUAGAUUUUACUUUAAUAUCUUUUGAUUUUUUUUUUUAUACAUAUAGAUGUUGGUUGAGCUUGAACGUUCGAUUUAGUUGGGUUAGUGUCUUUCUUCUAAAUUAAAGAGUUUUUUUUUAAAGAAAAGUUGUUUCUUUUGUUGUUUUAGUGUUUCUCUCUCAUCUUACAUAGCCAUAACUCGUCACACUUCACUCUCGGCCACUCUCUCUCUCACUUUUUUCUCCUUCUCAAUCGCUAUUUUUCUCACUAUUUCCCCAAUUCACAAACCCCCCCUCUACGUUUUUGUCCACACUAAUGGAAGGACCCGAAUAUUUCCAGCCCGGUUUUUCUUCUCAAUUCUCUACCGAAGACCGUCAGUCCUCCGAUGCAAAUAAAACUAACACCGCCGCCGCACCUCCCACUACUGCCGACCAUUUCAUCGUCGAGGACCUUUUGGACUUCUCUAAUGACGAUGACGUUGUCUUCACCGAUGGAACUUUCGAUAACCAAACCCCUACUUCUACUGAUUCCUCCACUCUUACCUUACUCGAUUCAUGCAAUUCUUACCCCAAUACCGGCAAUGCCCACAACUAUCAUUUCGCCGACGCUAAUUUCUCUACUGACCUUGGUGUUCCGUACGAUGACUUGGCCGAGCUGGAAUGGCUUUCAAAUUUCGUGGAAGAUUCUUUCUCCACCGACGAUUUGGAGAAGCUGAGUUUGAUUUCCGGGAUGAAUUCCCGGGCCGAUGUCCAUGACGAUGACGCCUCAAAAGCUCGAGAAUUUCAGACCGGAUUCAACCGGAACCAUUCACCAGGUUUUCGCCACGAAAUGUCCGUAGUUCCGGCGAAAGCCGCUCGUAGCAAGCGGUCUAGGGCGGCGCCUUGCAUAUGGAAUUCCCGAUUAUCCGUACUCUCUCCCACAAAUUCCUCUUCCGAAACCGACGUUGUCGUCACGCUCACGCCACAUCCAAACACCGCCAAGAAAACCACGAAGAAGAAAGAAAUUCCGGAUGACACGUCGUCCGCCGCCGGUAAUAACGGGGAAGGACGUAAAUGUCUCCAUUGUGCCACCGACAAAACGCCCCAGUGGCGAACGGGACCAAUGGGUCCAAAGACGUUGUGUAAUGCUUGUGGGGUCCGGUACAAAUCCGGUCGUUUGGUACCGGAAUACCGACCGGCGGCGAGCCCAACGUUUGUACUGACAAAACACUCAAAUUCUCACCGGAAGGUUAUGGAACUCCGGCGACAAAAGGAAAUGAUGAGAGCACAGCAACAACAACAGUAUCUUCAUCAUGAGAGUAUGGGGUUUGAUCAUGUAUCAAACGACGACGAUUAUUUGAUCCAUCAACACAUAGGCCCACUCUAUCAAUAGCUUCUUUCCACCUCCAUCAAAUUUGAUUUCCUUUCAAGUUUUUUCCUGACAAUUAGAGUAAAAGAAGAAAGAAAGAAAGAAAGAAAAAAAAAGAGAGAGAGAAAAAAUGUUUUUGAAUUUGGUGGCUAAUUAUAAUUUCAAAAUUCUGAUCUAGAGUUACUUUACCUUGAGUUAAAUUUUUAGAUUCAAAUUUCUAACAACUUAAAUUUUGAAUUUAGCACACUGAUAAUUACUUUUCUUAAA